UGCCCAGCGCUGGCCGCUUCACCUUGGUGUCUCCCUGAAAGCGCCAGAUCAGAGCGCAGCUGUGCGUGUUGCGCAGCUCGUGACUGAUUGAUCAGACGCCUAAGUUUGUCCAGAGGAGGAGAGGAGGAGAAACAAACGCGUAACUGAUCGAACAAAAGCCCACCACCAGCUCUCCCACCCCCUGGCCCCCCUUUCUUCUCUCCUUCCUCGCGUCAUGUGUUGCUCACACCGUCAAACUUGGCGAGCGGAGCACGAGCUCACACUCCGGGGCCGAGACACCGUGACGCGCCCGCAGGCUCCUCACCUCAGCGGCGAUUCUGUUGUGACCUUGCUGGAGAUCAUUUCAUGACUGAUCCGCUUGAGUUUGGCUGCGCCUCUUCACUGCAUCAUUACGGUCCCUCGCGUCCUCGCAACAUCUGGACCUACACACAACCGGACCUGGACCACAUCGGACCAUAAUCUGGAAUAUUUUUUUGGGGGGGGGAGCGACAGAAGAAGCGCGGAGGAUUCGGUUGAGGGGUGAUGGCGACGUCUGCACCCUCCUCUCCCGCCGCCUCUGGAGGCAACCAGGAGCCCAACUCGACACAUCUGCGGCCGCCGGGGACAAGCUAUGACGCCUGGUGCGGAGUCGCUCAUGGAUGCACGAAGAAAUUGGGAAUGAAAAUAUGUGGGUUUUUGCAGAAGAACAACAGUCUGGAGGAGAAGGGCAGGAUGGGGGUCUCCAUCAAGGAGCGCGGAGACCAGAACCUGCUCCGCUGCGACAACAGCGGUGGAGACGCCAAGUUCCGACGCACGGAGACAGACUUCUCCAACCUGUACGCAAGAGAUCUUCUGCCUGCUAAAAACGGGGAGGAGUCGACGAUGCAGUUCCUCCUGGAGGUCGUGGAGAUCCUCACCAGCUACGUCCGCAAGACCUUCGACAGGUCCACCAAAGUGCUGGACUUCCACCACCCGCACCAGCUGCUGGAGGGCAUGGAGGGCUUCAACCUGGAGCUGUCGGAGCAGCCCGAGUCCCUGGAGCAGAUCCUGGUGGACUGCCGCGACACGCUCAAGUACGGCGUGCGGACAGGUCACCCCAGGUUCUUCAACCAGCUCUCCACCGGGCUGGACAUCGUGGGUCUGGCCGGGGAAUGGCUCACCUCCACCGCCAACACCAACAUGUUCACCUACGAGAUCGCGCCCGUCUUCGUCCUCAUGGAGCAGCUGACUCUGAGGAAGAUGAGGGAGAUGGUCGGCUGGCCGGCCGGGGAGGGCGACGGCAUAUUUUCGCCAGGAGGAGCGAUAUCCAACAUGUACAGCGUGAUGAUCGCGAGAUACAAGUACUUCCCGGAGAUAAAGACCAAGGGCAUGGCGGCGGCGCCGCGGCUGGUCCUCUUCACCUCCGAACACAGCCACUACUCCAUCAAGAAAACCUGCGCGGCCCUGGGCCUCGGGACGGAAAACCUGAUCUUGCUCAGCACGGACGAGAGAGGGAGAGUCAUCCCUGCCGAUUUGGAAGCCAAAGUGAUAGCAGCCAAACAAAAGGGUUUUGUGCCCAUGUUUGUCAACGCCACCGCCGGGACCACCGUCUAUGGGGCCUUCGACCCCAUCGAUGAGAUCGCAGACAUCUGUGAGAAGCACAACAUGUGGCUUCAUGUGGACGGCGCCUGGGGCGGAGGCUUGCUGAUGUCCAGGAAACACCGACACAAGCUCAGCGGAGUGGAGAGGGCCAACUCCGUCACCUGGAACCCUCACAAGAUGAUGGGCGUGCCGCUGCAGUGCUCCGCCAUCCUGGUCCGAGAGAGGGGCUUGCUGCAGGGGUGCAACUCCAUGUGCGCCGGCUACCUCUUCCAGCCGGACAAGCAGUACGACGUCACCUACGACACGGGGGACAAGGCCAUCCAGUGUGGCCGCCACGUGGACAUCUUCAAGUUCUGGCUCAUGUGGAAGGCCAAGGGAACAGUUGGGUUUGAGCAGCACAUCGACCGCUGCCUGGAGCUCUCCUCGUACCUCUACCACAAGAUCAAAGGCAGGGAGGGCUUCCAGAUGGUGUUCGACGGGGAGCCUCAGCACACCAACGUGUGUUUCUGGUACUUCCCACUGAGCCUGCGGAGCCUCCCCGACGGUCCGGAGAGGAGGGAGAAGUUACACAAGGUGGCUCCAAAAAUCAAGGCCAUGAUGAUGGAGUCGGGGACCACCAUGGUGGGCUACCAGCCGCAAGGAGACAAGGUCAACUUCUUCCGCAUGGUCAUCUCCAACCCGGCUGCCACACGCUCCGACGUGGACUUCCUCAUUCAGGAGAUCGAGCGACUGGGUCACGACUUGUAAGGCUCAUUUCAACAUUCCAUCUCUGGGAAGCUUUUCAAUGUCCUUAGCAGCAAUAUUAGAAAACAUCUGCGCCGAGUCCCGUCAUGCGGCAGACGGACUCGCCGCUCGGGUGAGUGCGUCCUGUAUGGGAUUUCUGGGCUCAUAAAAUCUUUAUUUGAGAAUCAUGUUUUCUCCUCAGAGCACACAAUAUAUCGGGCAGUGAGACUCUUCUGAAAACUGUACAUAGCCCUGUCGUUGUAACAAGUCCAGUACUUGUGUUUAUAGACGUUUUUUGUGUAGAAUAUUGUUACCAAACGUGUCCUAGAUGUACAGCAACAAGAUGCUACGUCAAUCAUGCCGUGAUGUAUGUAAUAGACAGCUUUAUUUCUCUGAAAAAAACGUCAUGAUUCUUAAUAUAUUUCACCUGCGUUAGUGCACCAAAGAGGGCGGAGUUUAUCUUCAGGGCCCUUAACUUUAGUGCAAUCUCUGUCGUGACAUCCAUGUGUGUAGAUCAAAGAUGGCGGCGGUGUUGGUGACAAAAAAAAGCACAACGGAGCAGCCGGGACCAGUGAUUGUUAGAAGUUAUGCAACUUUUUAGUUUUUCUAAACACCAAAGGGAGGGAGCUUCCAUGUUUGUGGCCUGUGGCGCUCGCUUCUUCAGGACCUAUCAGACGGAGUUUUCAUUGUUUUAUUAAGUCUUUCAUGUGGGCACUUUACCUUAGAGAAUUAACGUCGUAUCCAGAGCACUAAUAAAGACCUGAAAGUCCAGUGUCCAGUGUCAGAUCCUUCACCUCAGGACGUCUGAAGAGCCUGUCGGAGCAGAUGAGAAUCACAACAUGCUCUCCCGACUUUAAAAAACCAUCACAUGGUGUCUUCUUGCCACAGGCCUCACUUUUUACCGAGGGCCGUUUCUCCCCCCCACUUUGCACAAACCCAGUAAGUCAUCAUAACACCGGUUAUUUUCCAAAGUAUAGAACAUUCCGACACUCACGAACGCACCAUCUGGGGUACAUAGUUCAGCGCUCCUCCCGAGAGAGAGAAAGAAAUGAGAGAAUCACCCACUGAAUUAACUUGACAUCGCUGUGAGGGUUUUCUGGCAGGAGAUCUGUGACUUCAUGAAUGACAACAUCAUAACUAGAAUGUUGUUUUUGGUUUACAUGAAGAGCAUUUACCUCCAUCUUAUUUUAUCAUUCAUUUCAUUAUAACCUCAAUUCCACAGAUCCCCUUCCUCCCCUACAACAAUACUUCAAUUCCAUUAAACAUUCCACCAAACAAAAAGCACAAAAAUUAAUAACUGCUUGCUCUCAAUUUAAAAUCUUCAUCUAAAUCAUUUUACCCCCUAGAGUUAACAUGUAUACUUUAUUUUACACCUUGUAUUAUUGAUUCACUUAUUUUUUGUAAUUUCUUUAUUAUUAUUAUUAUGUAUUUAUUUUUUAAUUAUUAUUGUCAUUUUUAUUUACUUAUUGUUUCUAAUACCUAUAUAGUCCAUCCACAUAUGCCUGUACAGUGAUGCGCUUGUUCUUGAACGUAUGUUUAAUUUUUCCAAUAAAAAAGAAAAGGAAAAAUAAACAAAUGAAGAAAAGCAGCAAAAGCGAACUGUCACGUGUAAAAACAAACACAUUCCUUGUUUAUUUCAACCUGAUCAACUUGAGCUACUCAAGUAUCAUGAUCUACGGUGGACCGAAGUGGACAAAAGGUAAAGUCUCACUAAAGCGGGAUACAUGAGAAAAAAUGAACAUUUGCAGAUAACUAAGUUAUAUUUCACAUCAAACAUGCUAUCAGCCUGUGUGGCAGACGCUUUUACAGCAGCCUAAUGAUUAGAUUAUUAGAACCAUUAUUAUUAUUAUUAUUAUUGUGGGGUUUUGUCCUCUCACCUCUCAAAACAACCUUGUUUGCUGCUUGUAACAGCAGAGCAGGACCCAGAUCUGAGCUGGACCGUCUUAGUACAGAGGUUUUUCAGAUUGAUACCAAAACAUUUUUGCAUUUCUUUGACCACCGAUACACGUCAAAAAAUCACUUUGUGUAACAGUCUUUUCUUCUGCAUGAUGUAGUUUCAUUAGACGUCCUCAUUGGCCUCCACUAAUGUGCAGCAUGACGGCGCUGUUGCACAAACAAACAAUAGAAAUGACAGCACAAACUCCUAAUGACGAUUGUUCCGAGGCUGAGUGGGAGGAAACCAGAGUGUCGACAGGCUCAACAAGGACGCAGGGAAGGUUCGCCGGUGAGGCGCUAACCGCUACACCACCGUGCAGCCUCACAGUUUGAAUAUGAAAAUGUCGACGUUGAAUCCUGACCUCUACGUUUCUCACACUCCCAUGAUGAAGUGAGACACUGACCAAACCAGACCAGGGUCACACGCAUGCUGCUGCUCAGCUGGAGUCAACACUCACCACAUAAAUCAGGAAGUAAAUACACAUGACCAAAUAGGUCUGGAAAAAAAGAUGGCUCUUGAAAUCAAUGAUUGUAUUUGCAUCCAGAAGAGAUGGAUUCCACGACACAGGCGCUGUUUAAAAGGCCACAGCAGCGUUUUACUCUGCCGCCGCCGUCACCAAUCGUUGGUCGGAUUAAUCGCCCAGAAGGGACUUUUUAUUGGCUCAGAUUUCAUAAGCUCCUUCCUGCCAAUUCCUCCGCUGCUCUCAUUACUCAGACGUUCCAGAUAUUUAUCAUAAAGGGCA